UACUUUUUCCUUAAAAAUCUCAAGCCAUUUACUUCUCCUCUUCUCAACUCUAAACAACCACAAAUUCCUUAAAUUCUCUCAAUCCAUAUGUUGUUGAUUGAGGUUAUAUCCAGAUUGUUGUUGGGUUUUCGCUACAAUUGAACUUAUAAUUCCCCUGGAUCUUCCUCUCCGAAAUCUUCAAACUAUUCAUUUAAAUUCUCACAGAACGAUCAAUGGACGAGGGGAAAUCCAUGGACGCAUCUUGCUACUACUCCGUUCUCGGCAUCCGUACCGAUGCUUCAUCCUCCCAAAUUCGAUCUGCGUAUCGAAAACUCGCACUGGAGUGGCAUCCGGAUAAGUGGGCGAACAAGUCGCCGUCGCUCGCCGGAGAAGCUAACCGGAGGUUUCAGAAGAUUCAGGAGGCGUAUUCAGUUUUAUCGGAUCAUUCGAAGAAGUCGAUGUAUGACGCCGGAGUUCUUGAUUUAGCCGAUGAUAUUGAUGACAAAGAAGGCAUGGGAGAUUUCUUGCAUGAUUUGAUGAAAAUGAUGGACCAAAACGCCGGGGCCAAGGUGGAAAGCAUGGAGGAUUUGCAAAAGACCUUUGUGGAGAUGUUCGGUGACGAUUUGCGGGAGUUCAUGGAGAAGCAAGAUCAAACGGACAGGAAGAGGGCACGUGUGUCGGUGGAGAAAGCCAAUAUGUCGAGAAGCAGAGCUUGCCGCUAGCGGUGCACCCUCAUGACGAUUUAGGUCUGACGUCAUGUUUCUACAAGUUGUGUUUAAGAGAUUGUGUGGGGGUAGUUUGGUAAAAUGGACGAUGUUGAAAAUUGAAUGUUUUUGCUCUCUUUCUAAUUGAUUUCUUUUCUUUUGCCAUUAAAUUGAAUCUUUUUGCUCUCUUUC